UUGGACUAUUUUCAGAUACUGUUAAUGGCGUUGCUGGCGUCGCCAACACUGUCACACAAAGCGGAAAAACGUCGAGCGUUCUAUCGAAGAACGACGACAACUACGCCGGCGCCCGUCCAGGAAGAAGUUGAAAGUUCGGAAAUCAAGCAUGCCGAAAAUGGCGAGGGUCUGUACACAGUGGGCGAUUCAUUUUCGAUCGGUGCUUCGAACGGGGAUAACGUUGGCAAGGGAAGUUCUUUCAAGCCAAUUACCAGCAGCGGCGAUAAACUAACGUCGUAUUCGGAGUACAACUUUGGCGGUACUAAACUUUCCGACUCUCUAGACUCUGAUUCGGAUGAAGACUACGGACUUUACAGGAAUCACAAACCACAGCUACCGAUCACGCAAUCCAGCAACUACAAACCAAGUGGAUCCUUUGACUUUUUAAACAAUGACUAUUCCAAAACUUCCCCGGACAUCAAACCAAAAACCUCCAUCACCAGCAAAUUCUCCAUUUCCCAUCCAACUCCCACGAAAUCUUCUUACUCGGGUAGGUUAGACCACUUGGACGAUUCGUCGGAGUAUGACCUGUACUCAAAUCUAAAGAUCGGCAAAAACCACAAAUCCGCGCUUCAAAGCUAUACGGGAGGGAAAAGUUCACCAUUUUCGACCUUUUCAGGUUCAUCUUUAGGUUUUGACGGAAAGGUAAAAAAAUUGCCUUCUAGCUACGAUGACUUUGGACUAUCCUCGCAUACCGCAAAGAACAAGAAGAACAAACUUUCUCUAGAUGACGAUACGUUCGGAGGGACCGGAGGUGGCUCGUUCGGCAGUAGUUUCGGUGUCGGUAAGGUUGAACAUUUCUUCUCCGGUGGUGGCAAAAAGAAGAACCCGUACGGGUUCGGAGAGCCACCACUGGUGAAAUCUGCUAUAUCGACACUGAAAAAUUUUGGUGAAGGACUUUUAGGUAAACCAGAGAAACCAUCUUCCUCCCUUUAUGACAUUGAUAGUGGCGAGAGUGGUUUUGGAAGUACAAAAUUCAAACCGUUCAAGGGCAGCAGUUUGACGAACAACUACCAUCUAGACAGUAGCGACGAAUCGGACGAAACGUUCGCCAAGCAAAAGUUUCCAAAACUACACUCAUCCUACGGAUCCAUACCGCAGAAACCCAUCACCGAGUACGAGAGCGACUUCGAUGUGAAAAACAUCAAGCUGCCCGGCGCUCAGAACAAAUUCCGACCUCACACGCAUACUAAAUCGAACCCACACAAAUCCAAACUACACGCUUCAGACAUUGACAACCCUAACCCGCUUGAGUUCCGACCUAACUUUAAGUUGCAAGAUGUACCGAAUCUGUAUCCUGACGAACACAUAGGUGCCAGUAUCGCAGCCAAAGGCCAGAUCGAAAACUUCCUCAAUGCCGAGCAUGCAUACAAAACUACUACCCAUUUCUUGGACGGCCAUCCGGGCAAAAAGCCAACCUACCAACAGUUCCUGAAGAGCCAAGAAGACGAAAAGUUAGAAAAGGAAGCACUCAGAGCGCAGAUCGAAUAUCUGAAGGCACACGCAUCGAAGCGUCCGGCGGAGAUCCGGCAGCGUCCACAGGGUCCACCCGGGCCGCCAUUCCCGCAACAUCCGGUUGGACCGCAGCACUCGCACGGAGGCCGAGGACGACCGGUUCGUCGCAUUCCCGGUGCCCAUUUGCCACUGGGCGUCAAAGCUCCCCAUCCACCGCCAAGGAUUCCACACUUCAACGACAGGCCGUUCAGUAUAAGCUUCAAGCUUUGA